UCUCAGUUCAGUGCUAUAUUAUGUAUAUUAUGGUUUAUCAGAUCAACAUAUUAUUUUGAAAAUCGCAUAGUUGUAUAAUAAAUUAACCACGCGAUAAUUACCAUUACUCAUAAACAUAUGAUUAUUUAAAUGGACAACCCAAGUUUUAAAAACGACAACAAUUAUGAAUUGCGUCAGGAAACGACAGAAAACAACGACCGUCUGCGCCAGUUGGAUGACCGCGAGAUUGUUUUAACUAUUGAGAACUUGGAGUUGACUCCACAAAAUCAACGAAACCACUUUCGGAAAAGAAACGUUCAUCAAUGGCCAUCGACAAUAGCGGAUUACUCAGUUGCCAAACUGUACAUUCUACAAUGGUUGCCGGAAUAUUCGUCAACCAAAUUUGUAGGCGAUUUGUUGGCCGGAUUGACCAUAGGCUUAACUGUAAUACCCCAGUCGAUGGCAUUAGCGAGCAUAGCUGGAUUGCCACCACAGUAUGGCCUGUACAGUUCGUUCGUCAGUCCAUUGGUAUAUGCAUUGUUCGGAACCAGUAAAGCGGUGACUAUGGGUCCAUCGGCCAUAGUCGCACUGCUGACUUACAACGCCAUCCGAGACCGCGGUCCGGCUUACGCGACCCUGUUGUGCUUCCUGAGCGGCUCCGUCCAGCUGUUGAUGUCGUUCACCGGCAUGGGAAUGAUUAUGAAAUUCAUAUCGGAACCGGUGUUCAAGGGUUUCACUUCGGCAGUGGGCAUUCUCAUCAUUUGUUCGCAACUAAAAGACCUGACGGGCACCAAGGGCCACGGCGCCACCUUGUAUCAGAUGCUGAGUUCGUUUUCCGGAGACAUCAAGAACCUCAGCUUCGGAGACACAGCGAUAGGAAUAGUGUGCAUUAUAACGUUGCAAAUUUUAAAAUCUCUAAGCAUAAUUCGCGUCGGUUCGAAGAUAAAAGAGUUACAAACUCCUACUCACAAAUUCAUAAACAACAGUCUUUGGAUAGUCGGUGCAUUUAGAAACAUGUUUGUUGUCAUCUUAUGCAGUGCUAUCGGCUAUCAUUAUGUAAAACAUUCAAACCACGACAUCACGUCCAGCGUUAAACCUCCUAUUCCGUUUAAAGUCAUCGAUAAAAUACCGGUCGGACUACCGCAGUUGAGUUGGCCGGAAUUUAACAGAAACGUGGACGGUAGAGUAGAAGGUCUCUACGAAAUGAUCUCUAACAUGGGCCUCAGUGUAAUCGUGGUACCACUCAUCUCGUUGCUGGAAAACAUUUCGCUUUGCAGGAGAUUCGCCGAUGGUAAACUAGUAGACACGAACCAAGAACUCCUGGCAUUGGGUCUGUCAAAUUUGGGCACUUCAUUCGUACACGGUUUUCCCGUGACCGGGGCUUUGGCCAGAGGUUCCCUGAACUAUGCCAGCGGCGUUCAAACACCACUCGGAGGGCUGUACACGGGUUUAUCUGUGAUGGCGGGCUUGAUAUUUUUGACGCCAUACUUUUAUUAUAUACCCAAGGCUUCGCUGGCGUCCGUCAUAAUUGCCACAUCAUUUUGCAUGAUCGACGUCGAAUCCGUCAAGCGGAUUUACAAGUCUAAAAAAAAAGAUCUGCUCCUCGGGCUGUUUACGUUCUUCGCCUGUCUGGUGUUUCCGUUGGAAAUGGGAGUGGUAGCCGGUAUUGUCUUCGACAUCGGCUUCAUACUGCACAGCGCUGCUAAACCCAAGAUAACAGUCCAAAUGCAAAAGAGCCCCGACGACGUUAAGUACUUGCUUAUGACUCCGGACAGAUAUUUGAUUUUCCCUUCUAUCGAGUACGUGAGCAAGUUGAUAGCUAGCCAUAACUGCACCGAAAAGAUUCCAGUGGUGAUUGACGGAACAAAAAUAUUCGAAGCGGACUUCACGACGGCCAACGCGUUUUCAAUACUCUCCAAGGACCUGGGUAGAAACGGACAGAAAAUGUACAUGUACAAUCUCAAGUCUAGCGUGAUCAACGUGUUUAAAGGCAUUAAAAACAACAGUAUUUCCAUAUGCUCGGAUAAAAAAGAAAUAGAAGAACAACUAAAAAAUCAAAUGAUUGCACUGCAAACCGCAGGAAAAGUGGUGACAAGAUCAAACUUGAUAUGAUUAGGCACUAUUUUUUAAUAAACUGCUUAUAGUUAACUUUAUUAAACUUGACAACUAUAUAAUGGUAAUUGAACAAUAUGGGCUUCUAUAUUGAAAACUGUAUAAACAUAUAAAGUAAUAAUAUGGUCCAAGAGAAAAAACGUUAGAUAUUAUAAAGUGAAAUCCAUACAACAAAAUAACGGGGAAAGAACAGAAGAUUAGGUUCUCGCGAAGAGUAAUAAUAUAAGUAUGUCUUUUAUUUUAUAUAAUAUAUUAUUAUAAUGUAAAUGCUAAAGCUAUAUAACAAUCAUGUGAAAAUCAACACACACCCCUUUAUUAGACGAUUACAAAUGUAUUAGGUAUUUUUUUUAUAUGUAUUAAAAUGUGUAGAAAAUAUUGUUAUAUU